AUGAGAGUCAAGAAACAAGUUUUGAUUGCAUUCUCUGUAUGGGGUUAUAAGGAUGAAUUAUGGGGUGAUGUACUACCUAUGAGUGCAUGUCAUCUCUUGCUUGGAAGACCAUGGCAGUUUGAUAGGAAGGUCAUCCAUGAAGGGGACUCUAAUGUGUAUUCUAUGUUGGUUGAUUCCAAAAAGGUACGUUUGCACCCUGUAGUUCCUCAUUCAGUGGCACCAAAGCAACCACCUAAGACACCAAGCUACUGCCUCUCUUCAAGGGAGUUUGAACAAGAGGUGGAGGAAGAAGGUUGUGCUUAUGCAUUGAUUGUGAGACAUGUUGCCACAAGUGUCAAGACUACUAGGAAUGAGAAACUAGAAGCCUUAAUGAAGGAAUUUGAGGAUGUCUUUCCAGAGGAGCUACCACAAGGUCUACCACCCUUGAGAGGCAUAGAGCAUGUCAUAGACCUUGUACCUGGAGCCCCAUUGCCAAAUAAACCUGCUUAUAGGUGUGAUCCAGUGGCAUCAAGGGAGUUGCAAUGCCAAAUUGAGGACUUGAUUGACAAGGGAUAUGUAAGGGAGAGCAUGAGUCCAUGUACUAUACCCAGUCUUGCUAGUUCCUAA